AUGGCCCGGUCGGGCUCGGUGGGGCCGGCCCUGCGGCUCCCGUCCCCUCCCAGUCAGGCGGCGUCCGAGGAGGAGGCCGAAGAGGAGGAGGAGGUGGAGAGGCGGCUGCUCAUCCCCCGGUCGUCGCCGGUCCCCCGCCCCCGGGACACGCCGGUCACCUCGGACGACGAGGCCGAGGCGGCGGGGGCCCCGACUAGGCCGCACUCCCGGCACCCUCUGCGGCGGGUGUUGUUCGCCGAUGAGGCCCUGGGGCUGCCCCUGGCCCAGCUGAGGCGGUACCAGCCCUGGUGGGGGGACGACGCCCCCGAGGACAGUCCCCCCCCGAGUUGACCCUGGGAGCCCCCCCCGACCUCCAGCUUCUACCUCCUGCCCGGCUUCGUGCUGCCCCCCGCCCCGGGCCGGCUGGACCGCCUGCGCCGGGCCAUGGUGGAGCUGGAGGACCUGCUGCCCCCCGAAGACCCCGGGGACCGCCGGGUCCCGGUGCUGCGGGGCCUCAUCCGCGUCCUCAACCUGUCCUACCACAAGUCAGUCCACGUGCGGGCCACGCGGGACCGCUGGGCCACCUACCAGGACCACCCGGCCCACUACGUGCCCGGCGGCUCGCCCGACGGCGGCCAGACGGACCGCUUCGCCUUCCAGCUGGCCUUCGACCCGCCCGGGAGGGGAGCGGGCGAGGGCCCGGUUGCCCGCGACGGGGCCCGCAUUGACUUCGUGGUGCGCUACCAGACGCCCGAUGCCGUCUAUUGGGCCAACAACCAAGGCAAGAACUACACCGUGGUCCUGAAGGAGACCGCCGCGGCCAGGGCGACGAGCCUAGGGGCCCUGCCCGCGCCGCCGGCGAAGCCCCUCUUCCGGGAGGUGGAGACGAAACAGCUGAAGAGUUGUAUGAAACCUGUCAGAAACAGGCAAAACGAGGAAGGACUAAGAAGAGUGAAUUUGGAGGAAACCAUCUCUGUUGCUGACUGGACCAGUGAAAAGGAGGUACUGAGCAAAAUAACAGCACCCACAGCUCUACAACCAGGGCUUCAAAAGAUACAGGUUCCUGAGGUCACCGUGACGAGCACCUCCCCAGAGAAAAAGGAGUUUUCCCGAGACAAACCUGUCAUUUUUACUGAGUCUCCCCAAGCUCCAGCCAUCAAAAUCCAUCCUAAUGUGCUGAACUUCCUGGGUGACCAGGAGGGUCUCCUCGUAAGCCAAGGUGUGCAAGAUUCGGGAGCGAGCCAGGGUUUGAAAAAGGAGGUGGAACCUCUGGCUGUGGGUGUCAAGAAGCAGGCCGAAGAGAUUGGAGUUUUGGGGUCCGUGAACGGACAACGUAGUCUGCUGGGUUGGAAUAGAAGAGAGCUCUCCGCGGAAGGUCCUCUCAAGGAGCAUCCUUCGGACAGUCAGACCUGGAGAUGUAAGGACCUCUCCAGGUCAGAGGAGUCCCAGAAUGAAGACGCCGUCGACAAGGAGUUGGAACAACUCUACCUGUCUCAUUUGAGCCGUCUACGCGCCGCGGAGCUGCAGGAAGCCGGCCACGCCAAAUGGCCCGACUCCGGUGUCGAGGGGGCUGGAGAUUUUGGAUUUCAGCAUUCCCAUCCACACGGUCUCCUCACGGACCGGGAUCUAAUUCUGAAGUGGACGGGCCCUGAGAGAGCCUUGAAUAGUUCCCUGGCCGAAGAAAUCACUCUGCACUAUGCUAACGCAGUGCAAGGAGUGGAGCUGAUAGAUGACACGAAAGAGCGCGAUGAGGAGCUGGAUGUUUCAUCCGGUGCUGAGGAAUCACCUUGCAACUUGGAAGGAGACGCGCUGCAGGCAUCUCCUCCAGAAAUCGUUACUCUGCCUCUGGCCUUGGAAGAUGCGUCAGGGGCAUUAAGCGAAGUGGGGCCUCUAGGGGUAAAGGUCACUUGCGAUGAGGUCCGAGGUUCAGGGAAGGGAAGUCUAAGAGUUGUAGGAAAGGCUGUUUUCUUUCAGGAUCGGGAGGAAGAGAAAUUCCCGCUACCUGACGGUUCUCAGCGUGAAAGUCCCCGGGUGACCGAGGUGCGAGAUUCCUCAGCUACGGUCCUAACGGCAACAACUGACUCUUACACCACAGAGCCCUCCUUUAAGCCUUGUGAUAGCAGCGUCCUUCAGUCCGGGAAUGAGCUAACAUCCCUGGAGAUGAUGGGAAAAGAACAGGGCCAGAUUAACCUACCGGAGGCGAACGUGCUCACGCCAAAACAGCCCGGAGGCUUUGUCGAACCCUCUCCCGGGGGUCAGGAAGAAGGGUUCCUAUUGACCAGCAAUCCCAGUCUCCUAGUGAGUGCUCCAAAGCCAGAGCUCCCUGAGAACAGACUCUUUGAGUUUUCCACCAAACUCCAGAAGGCCCUCCUCCAGUCUCUGCAAUUUCUUGGCUUGUUGGUCUUCCUCCCUGUUGUGUUGAAUAGCUGCAUGUCCUUAGUGGCCAUCGUACUGUACCUUUCUCUGGAAUGGCUCCUGUGAAUCGUUGCGGGGGCUGGAGGGGGCGGGGGUGGGUCGUCCGUCGUUCGGCAACCCGGGAUUCCCGGAUUGAGGCCCGAGGCAGGAUCAGAAUUCCUCACCCACUGGGUGAAUCCAAAGAUGCUCUGCAAUGGAAGGGGCCCCAUCGACCCCAGCCAUGAAAGAACAAGAGAGUUCAAACUGACCUUUAAAGCCCACACGAAGGCCCCCUUUAGGUUCUCCUCAACGCAAAGCUUCCCCCCAUUCAGCCUUGCCUUCCUCCCGGCCCCCAGUCAUGAAUAGGUUGCUGUGCGUCUGUUCUCUCAGACGAGAGAACUACAGAGAGCAUGAAAGAGGUUGUAAAAUGGCAUCUGGUGGGCAGAGGAGCCCAUAUUUAUUUUUGUACAGUUGUUAAGGUGAAGUGAGGCAAUAGUCCUAAGCUGGUCUUGCGGCACAAUCCCUAGAUAUAUUUAUUAACUACCCGUUUCCAAAAACCACUGGAGGGUUUUUUAAUUUUAAUUUAUAUAGAGAGAGCUCUAGCUGCCAAACUAUCCUAAGAGAAAUGUUUUGUCUUUAUGUGUGAUCAUCUGCCGUCUAGGUACUGGGUGAAUGGAGUUUAAAUGCUGUCGGAUGAACUUUGAGGCGAUGACGACUACUGCUUCUAUGCAUAAUGCUUUUUUCCAAAUGUACUUCCUCUUUGGGGUGAGCGAACUUUGGCUCAGGAGGGCCUAUAUUAAAUAAAACGUCAGUGAUUGACAGUGAUUAGAAAACAACAGCAGGCACUCGGCAGUUACGUUUUUUCCAAGUGUCUGCUCUGGGCUCGAGACAAGCCCCUCAACCUCUCUAGUCCUCAGUUUCCCACCUGCGACUUGGAGCUGAGGUGAACUAUGAGACUUCGGCAAAGGACUUAAAGAUCCUUACGUGGAAGACACUAACAGAGUAGCAGGGUUUUGCUCACUCUGUUAUUAAACACUCACUGUCUGGCAACUGGUUUCCCCACUAGGCAAAUAGUGGCAAGGCUGCAAACCCAAGUUAAAGAAUGUAGGGAGAGAGCAAACGAGUACACAUCCAGAUAGCUUUAAAAAAUUAACACUAAAGCUAGAAGUUUCGGGUAAUUGCCUGUCAACAUAUAGAUGGAGAGCUGCUCAGUAUAUAGUGUCACCCAUCGCUUUCCAUUCUGUGGUCUCGGAGUUUGGGUGUUCCAUUGGGUUUUUACUGGGAGGGAGACUAGAGCUGAGCCCAGGAUUGAUUUCAGUUGGUUCCCCUUUUGCUUCUCAGGUUUUCCAUUUCCACAAGCAUGGGCCGCUAAUAAGUGUGGCCAGAGAGUGACUCGGCUUUUUAUUGUUGAUUUUUUUGGCAGGCUCUUCGGGCUUGGGAAGAGACAAAUGAGGGGGGCGAGGAGGGUAGGUACCCUCUCUCAUCUGCCCUCCCUUUAGCAGCGAACGAGAGAGGUCUUGAAUUUAAAUCUUGACUGAGUUUCCAGUUGGCUGCAAGCCAAACUUGAGGUAACGUAGUCUCUCUCAUCUCUGGGUUAGCUAGAAAAUGAUGUGCUUUCAAUAAGAAUUUUAAUCUGUUCAGGGCAUGAAUCAUGCUACGUUUAUUUUUCGGAAGCCAAACCCCCUUUAAAGAAGCAGCUGAGUGCCGUUCACACUCUCAGUGAUAGGGAAAUAUGUGGGAUGAGCAAGGAGCGAUUUGAUAAGCGGCUAAUUUUAGCGACUAGGUUUUUGAAAUACUGGAAAGGUUCUAGUUAACAGGGCUUUCCGGAGGCCCAACACUCUUUUUGGAAAGCACCUCAUUUUAUUAAUGUCUCCUUCAGAACUCCUGAUGGAUUGCCAAAACUCCAAGAAAGAGGGAACUGAAAACAAAGAUGGCACAGCAUUCUGGGUGGCCACUUCCAAAAAGUUAGUACCUGAGCUUCGGUUUAGGGCCCCACCUCCCCCUGCUCCCUUUCCCAGGUUUGUGUGGGAAUAGAAAUAUAUUUGAGUUUCAAUGAGGUACUCCUUAUCUUUUUAAAAAAAAAUUGGCUUAUCUUUUUUAUCAAAUGUGCUAACUCUUGGUUAGGGCCAUCUGGGUUUUAUUUCAAGUGAUGUAGGAGAAGCAGUCAAAUUCAGGUGUUUUAUUUUCAGUGCCAACAGGCAGACCCUGCUGACUUGAAGUUGCACCUUCCUUCUGAUGUGUGAUUUAACUUAUGCCUUUGCAGUGUAUUUUUGCCAGGGCAGUUGGACUGCCCAUGUGUCCCUGACAUGGGCAGCUGGGCCCCGAGAAAGUUUGUUAGCUACUUUUCCAGUGUGGAAUAAAAAACCUGGGCCCCUGCCUCUUUGCAGAGUACAGGACCAGGAGGAUAAAUAAGCCCUUGGAGAGCCAGACUACCUCUCCUUACUCCAGGUAGUAGCCAGUAGUAGUAAUAGUAUUUAUUAAGCACUUACUGUUGCAGAGCACCUUACUAAGCGCUGGGAGAGAUGACACU